GGCCCAGUGCGCAUGCGUGUGCCCAGCAGCUACUACUCACCAUGCACAUGCACAGAAAUCCCAGAACGUGCGGGGCAGAGCACACCGGAGGGACCUGCUAGUUGUUUUGCAGCUGCCAGCCUCGCCGUUUACUCUCGCCGGUAUUUAUGUCCAUGCAUCCCGCCGUGUCGGACAGCGGCACGUAGCUCCGCCGCGCCGCCGCUUUAGGUGACCGACAGCCGGACUCGGAGUGAGCGAUGUCGGAGGAGGACUGGGUGGCAGCAACAACAACAACAACAACAACAGGGCGCGCUGCUGUCCCGUUAGCAUCGCUACGUCCUCCGGUCCAUGUCGUUUAACUCUGCCGGGCGACUGCACCCGUCCGCCCCACCCGUCCAGUCCAGUCCCGUCCCGAGGCCCGCCGCGAUGGCCGAGGAGGACCCCCAGCAGCUGCAGCCGGACCGCGGGGCGGGGAGUCUUCCCGGCCUGCUGCCCGGGCUGCAGGGCGCUGAGGCCGGGGCUCUGCAGCUCAGGAUCAAGAACUCCAUCUGCAAAUCUGUUCAAUCAAAAGUGGAAAACAUUCUGCAAGAUGUUGAGAAAUUCUCCGAUAUCGAAAAGCUCUACCUCUACCUGAAGUUGCCUUCUGGUCCCAGCAGCAGCGCUGAUAAAAGUGACCAGAGCGCCUUGUCGUCGAGCCGCACACAGCAGAUGCAUGCGUUCAACUGGAUCCGCAAUCAUUUAGAGGAAUAUCCAGAGACCUCUCUUCCCAAGCAGGAGGUCUACGAUGAAUACAAGAGUUUUUGUGACAAUCUGAACUACCACCCACUGAGUGCAGCAGACUUUGGAAAGAUGAUGAAAAAUGUCUUCCCCAACAUGAAGGCGCGUCGGCUUGGCAUGAGGGGAAAAUCAAAAUAUUGCUAUAGUGGACUAAGGAAAAGACCCUUUGUCCACAUGCCGUCUCUGCCUACUCUGGACCUCCUUAAAACAGCAGAUGGACACCAGUGUGAUGCUCUGGAGUCACCGGGGCAGCUGAGCAGCAUCAAGGAGGAGGUGCGAUUUGCCGCCUGUGAUCUGGUGUGUGAGUGGGCCCAGAAGGUGCUGAAGCGCCAGUUUGAUGCCGUGGAAGACUUGGCUCGCUUCCUGAUCGACAGCCAUUACAUCAGCAACAAGUCUUUGGCAGCUCUCACUAUCAUGACGGGAACAGCAACAGAGGUCAAAACUCCACAGACCAUCUCAGCCUUCGCCCCCGCUGCUGACGUUCACUCCUUCCAGCCUCACGUGACCACACUGUCGUCUCCGUCUAUCGAUGCGAAGCAGCAGCUCCAGAGGAAGAUUCAGAGGAAGCAGCAGGAGCAGAAGCUGCACUCGCCAUUACCUGGAGAGGCUCAAAGCAAGAGGGCGGACGACAGCGUGCCUUGUGGUAGCCCCACCCCUCCGUCACCUCAGCCAACCAUCGGCAUCGUUGUCGCCGCCGUCCCGAGCCCCAUCACAGUCCACAGGAGCAGACAGCUGAUGUCUCCUAGUCCAGUGGGAACAGUGGAGAGCAAAGUGCUGCCUAUUAACUUCCAGAUGGUGACACAGCCAGUUCAGGCGGUGAAACAGAGCCCCAAAACCCCCCAGAAUAUCCUAGCCAGCCCAGCGGGGGAACGCAUGGCUCGGCAGCGCUACGCUCAAAUCCUGCCCAAACCUUCGGCCACCACUGCCAUCGCUCUGCGCUCGCCCUCCACCAUGAUCAUCGCCAACAGCCCCAUCAAGACUGUGAUGACUACAUGUCAUGUCAGCCCAGUCAGUCUGGUCAAGAUGACAGCCAUAUCGCUUGCACCCAACAGCAGUGAAACCACCACAUCCCUUACAAACUCCACACUACGGCCAGCAUCUGCAGGCAUCAGCUGUGCAGUUACAGAAGAUAUCAGCUCGAAUCAAAGCAUGAGGAGUUCCUCUGCAGUCCCCAUCCUGGCCCCGGUGGCCAGAUCAGGGCAGACUGCUAACACUCCCAGCACUGAUGUUGAGAUGGAAGUUGAAGCUAUACAUAAAAACAGUCAAAUGCAAAAUCCUGACAGUCAAGUUCUGACUCCAGGAGCGAUGGCAAAUAGAUUGGGAUGGGGUGUACAGAGGGCUGCCAGUGUGCCCAUACCUCAAACUAAAGGCUUCCUGGGUCUGGAGGAAACAUCCAGCACUAAAUGCAACGGAAAUUCCUUUGCAAACACCAGCACUGUGGCAACAGCUGAAAGAAGCAAUAGUAGCGCUGAUAGUACAAGCACUUUGCACUUAACUCCCCCGACUCAGAAUGCCAGCACUGUUUCUUUACUAAACACCAGCGGAGUGUCUUCGUUUGGGGAGGGCAGCCAAGUAAAGCAAGGUUUCUUGUCCACAAAGAACCUCAGGAAACGCUCAGGCCUCAGUCCAGACCUUUCUCCAGUCAAAAGGGUCUUUAUGCCCCAGCAGCCAGCAGAGGGCACUGCUGCUCCUGGAUAUGGCAUCAGAAACACUGUUGAUAACAUCUCCAGGCCAGGUGCUCCAACUAGACCUGAAAGUGCACCGGCCACCAGAGAGGUAGAGAUGAAAAUGAACUCUGUCUUGUCCCCACAAGUCCCUGCACUCUGCACUUCUUCUUUCCGAGCCAGUGGCUUUUACUCUGUUGCCAAAACGCAUAGUUCAGUGCAGAGGAAAAACACUUCCACUGUUAUGGAAAGCAGCACUUCAGUAAGUCAUGCAUUAAUACAGCAACAGCAGGGGCACACGGUGGCUAACGUGCAUGCUAUACCCAGUAACUCUGGUUUUCAGAAACAUUCAGGUGUGAGUUCAAACUCAACCACAGGGAACCUGGAAGGAGCUGUACAGCAGACCUACGCUCCGUCUAAUUCUGAAACCUUAGAGUUUUUAAAUCAAGCUUCAUCAUCCAGUCAGCUCCCUAUGCAGACAGAUAUGGACUACUUCUCCUUUGAUGAUGAUGUGACUCAGGACAGCAUCGUGGAAGAACUUGUGCAGAUGGAGGAGCAGAUGAAACUCAACAACCUGCAGGAGUUUGGAGACUGUGUUGCAUUGCAAAGCCAACAGCCGGUGAUGCCGGACAACAUGACGCCCACCCAUCAGAACAUGACCGCUUUCUAUCAUGCUUCAAACAGCAGCAACAACCCAGUCCAGACUCCAACACCGACACCCACACCCACGGCUGAAAUGAUGGGAGGAGCCCAAACCCUGACCGGAGAGAGCCCCUGCUCCCACAUCGCCUCCACCACCCCAGUGGACAGCGCUCUGGGAAGCAGCCGUCACACCCCAGUCGGUACUCCACACUCCAACUGCAGCAGCACGGUUCCUCCCAGUCCAGUCGAGUGCAGGAACCCGUUUGCAUUCACACCUAUCAACUCCAGCAUCACUGGUUUCCAUGACGGCACCACUGUCUCCAACAGUCCAGUGAAGCCCAUGCAGCGGCCGAUGGCCACCCACCCAGACAAAGCCCGUCUGGAGUGGAUGAACAACAGCUACAACAGCACCAGCGGGAGCGCAAACAAGUCCAACAGUGGAAUGGGAAUCCUGCCCAGCUAUCAAGGCCUCAUGGACGACCAUUUUCAAAAACCUCACGCCUUCGCCAUUCCUCACGCACGGCACCACGACAACCAUUUCGGCCGCUUAACCCCGAUCUCGCCUGUGCAGCAGCAGGUAGCUAACAUGGCCAAGCAGGAGGGCUUUGCUGUUCCUGCCCCUCUGGAUAACAAAAAUAGCAACACCUCCGCUACAACUUUCCGAUGUCGCAGCGUCAGUCCUGCAGUGCAUCAGAGGAAUCUGACUGUGAAUGCAGUAAACACAACCCUUCCCAAUGUCCCUCGUUCAGUGGUGUCUCCCUUUAGUUCUCCUGUGACGCCUGAGGUGUUGAACAUCUUCGCAAACAGCCAGACGAAUCUUGGGGUGAGCAGCAUGGCUCAGAGGAGCCGCUCAGUGCCGCUCAACAUCAUGAUGCAAACUGAGGUCCUCCCCACAGCGGGUCAACAAUGCAGCAGCAACAACAUCACCAAUGUCCUCCUGAACAAGCUGGACGGGGACCACGAUGACACCAUGCGAGGUGUUGGCAUCAAUAAUCUUCCCUCCACCUACACUGCACGUAUGAACCUCACCCAGAUCCUCGAGUCCAGCGCCAACUUCUCCUGCACUGACAGCCGCCUCGGCCUGAUGGCCUCUGACUCCACCAGCACAUGCAAGAUGCAGAGGCCCAAUUACCUCAUAGAAAAUGCUAUUAAUGAACAAAUGAUCCUCUCAGCAGGAGACAGCCAAGGACAAUCAGCCUCUGGAGUGCAGCAGCAACACCAGGCCCAGUCUAUGAUGUUGGCUUUAGGCUCACAACAGCAGCAGCAAGAAGAGCUCCAGCAGCAUCAGCAGUUAGAUUUCAGCAGCAGUCAAGACCUCCUGACAGACGGCAGCCUUUCUGCUGGCAGUCAGCUCCUGGAGCAGGUGUCAGAGCUCUCAACAGGUGGCACAGAUUUCCCCUGUGAAAUCAGAAUGACAUCGGAGCUGUCCAGCAGCAUCAAUGACCUUAACGCACUGGACCCAAACCUGCUGUUUGACCCCAACCAGCAGCAAGGGCAAUAUCAGAACACUGCUGCAGAGGAGCUGGUGAGUGAUCCACUGUUUGAGCAGAUUACCAGCGAGACCGCGCACUCAAGCGGACUCGACUGGUUAGAGAGCAAAGAUCACCCAACCGUUGGGCUGAUAGGCUGAGAACAGAGCUGUUUUUUAAGUCAUGUUGAACAUGUUAAUCUGUGGUGGCUGUUUGUUUUAUUUAUUUUCAGGCAUUUACACUUUAUAAUGCAACACUGGACACUAUGAGGUUUGUCCAGUUUAAGUGCCAGGCUAAACUGAGAUAAUGCUGCAACACCGAUUAAAAUGCUGGUCAUUUCCCUUUAAUGAGAGAACAUCGCUUCAUGUUGUUUGAUGGAGAGCGUUUCCAACAAGUAAACAAAGCAAAAAAGAACCUUAGUUAAACCUGUUCUUCUUACAUUGUGUUUAAUAUUUCAUUGAACAGUCAGUUGUUGGAAAAAAAAAAAAAAAAAAAAUCAAACCAGUGUAAAUAAAAGUGGAAGAUUAUUAUUAAUAAGCCUUUUACAAUAAUGCUUCUGACAGCUUCAGGUGAUGUGUAGUUAAAGAUGCAUAACAGCUCAUUUUAUUUACUGCUGAACUAACAUAGAUUAUGAGAAAUAUUAGUGUGCCGUGAAGACUGAAAAACCUGGAGGAACUUAAAUUUUCCUUAGAUAUCAACCUCACUUCACAUUAACAUGUGUAAAAGUACACACGCGUACAAUUUAGAGAGUACUGACGAGAACAUAGAACCAAAAUCAUCUCUGUAAAUCCAUUUAAUAUGAUGAUAGUAAUAUAUAAGAGUUGGCAUGGAGUAUAUAACAGGAUGUGGUUAUAUUUACAAUAAUACAUGUAUUAGCUGUUUAUCUAAUCAUAAACAUUGUGUCCUUUACUCAUUGUUCACUUUGAUGGAAUACAUGAAAGAUAGCUGAUAAAAUUUCCAUACAAGAAAGUGCUGUACUGUGUGUAUAAACUGAUUUCCUACGUUUAUAUUCCCACAUUUCAAACGAUUAUUACGUUUUGAUCUCACUGCCUUUGAGCCUCUCAGAAUCAACCGAUAAAUAUGAUGAGCUCACAUGGAUGAUGUCAAUUUUAUAAUUAAGCCUGUUGAUGCACAUUACUUUAAUUGUACAAAACAAACUAAAGAAAAGUUUGAAAAAGUAAUCUGUUAUGGAUCAUGAUUAUAAAGAAUCCCAACUGAAUUUAAAUCACUUGCAAAAUUUACAUGCAAUACACUAAGUGGAUAAAUGAUGAGACAAUAAGACAAGAAGUUCACCUCUGUCCCUAAAAUAGCUUUAAUUACGCACUAUUUAAAUGUUAGUAAUGUUGCAUAGUAUUUCUUGUUGAAAUGCUACUGCAAACGUGAAACAAGCAGCAAAAAAGAAAAGGCCAAACCACUGAAACAUAGGAGGAAUAAAGAUAAACAUUUAUGUUGUUUACCUAAGAAGUAACCCUCUGAACCCCUAACGGUUUCUGUGAGAAAACUUAUAAAGGUCUUAUGUGUUGUAUGACACAGUUAGUGUCUUCAAAAACCUGAACUCAACAUGUACAUUUUUUCAUGUACACAGAGGUGAUGUCAGUGGUGACUAUGCAUGCAUUAGAUAUUGCACUACUUCCAUUUUAAAUGAGUUUCCGUACCGGUCUCCUCUGUGUAAACACAGCCUGCAGCUCAACCUGCUCAUGGUUGCAUCCUAGUCAGUAAUGGCCUGAUGCACUGAGAAACAGAACUGUUUAGUUUUCUACAGAAUCUGGUCACUGCAAGAAUUUACUUUGGGAGAAAUUUUAAUUGAGACAUGGAAAAUAAACUGAUUUCAAUGCAGUAUCACAAUUGUAUGCUUUGAAUUGGAUAAAUCAGUGGAAUUAUUCAUUACAAAUGAAUAGUUCAAGCACCAAUGGAAAGCUAAAAACACAGUGAUUCUGUCUUCAUGGUUUCCAGCCCUGAUAAUUAGUAGCAUUCUGUCAAAUAAAUACCUUUCAACCCUGCUGGUGAAUCUGGGGUUCAGAGGGUUAAACUAAACCCUUAAAUAGGGAUAUUUUUUUUGCACUUUUGACUUAUGAAUCACCAAAUUAAAAAUGAAAACAUGAUUGUACUACGUGCUCUGAAAAUAUAUCUAUUACAUUAUGUGCAAAUUACUCCUUUUCAUCUGAAAAUGAGUAGAUGAAAGUGACAGGAACAUUUAUAUUGGUCUCAUCAUACUGCACUGACAAUCUGUAAUCCUUUGCAAAAAUACACUGUUUGGUUUGAUUGUUAAAAGAACAGUUUUACUGCCUCUGCUGAGGAGUCAGUCAAACUGGAUAGCAGCUAAAUGUGAACUUGUACCUUUACACUGAUGCUGAGCAGCGAGUGAAGAAGCGGUGCAUCCACUGACUCAGAGGUGCUUCUGAGGGCUUUUGGUUUCUGAGCCUUAUGUCCAUGCCAAAGAUGUAACUUCAGUAACGUGCACUACGAUCAGAGCGACUAACCUCCUGCUUGGUGGACAUACAGCUAUAACAAAUGUAUCCAAAAGUUGCAGCACUGGAAAUGAUUUUUCUUCUGAAUCAGUUGGGGAAAAUAUUGAGGAUUUCUUUGUUUACUAUUGUUGAUGAUUUUGUAAACCCAACAAUGUUUUUAUGGAUGCAAAAAAAGCAAACACUGUAAUUUAUCGACAAGCUGUUUCUCUGUGUUAGCGGUAGAUCUCAGAGUGCGUGUUCUUGGUCACACUAACUUUAUUUGUUGUACAGAUUGAGGAUGUGACCAGUCGUCCAGUGCUUUUUUUUGUUUUUGUUUCUUUGUUUUACGGCUAUUUAUUUACAGCGUGUCAUUUGUACAGAAAAUGUAACCCUGAAAUACAAAUAACCUUGUGUAUUCACAAUAAUCUGGCCUGCACUGUUCUGGUGUUUUGUAGAAUACGUUCUAAGUGUCAUAGGGAAUUACCACGUAUCAUAUACAGUACCUUUUUAUAUAUACACAAGUGACCUGUUUUAAUAUUCGGUAAAUGAUGAUUACAAAAUUUAACAAUUCUUAGGAUUCAGCUCGUCUUUUAAAACCUUUCAAAACUUGAUUUUGGCUGAAAAUUGCACCAAAAAAUAUUUGCACAUGUUCUAAAAGGUGAAAAUAAGACUAUCCAUAGGUCUAUGGUGUAAUAGUGUCUGGAUCUAUUGCAGUACAUUCAAUCUGGCAGUUUUAUACAGAUGGCAGUACUUUAAACUUCUGCAAAAGCAGAUUGUAUCAUUGUAACAUCUAAUUAUCUAAUGAGUCGAAUUUAGCAACUUUCGUUGUUUGUGUUUAGUUUUGAUCUGCUCUCAGUUGUGAUGUUUAACUUACCUGUGUGUCUGUGUGUGUUUGUUAGCACUGAUGUUUUGUUAAAUGAAGACUUUACCCUUCCUCUUGUAAGUAGUUCAGAGCUAUAGAGCUGCCCUCCACUGUGCUUUUGUUGCUGUGCUCUGUGUACAGGGUAACUGUUUUUGUUUUUUGCAUUUUAGCAAGUGCUUUUAUAAGGGGAAGUGCUUGUUCAUACUGGUUUUUAAAAGACUUUUUAAAACUAAUAAACAUUUUUAAGUAAUUACCGAAA